CUCUUUGGUAAAAGUUUCAGUUUGCAUAAAUAGCGGGCAGAGGAGAGGGGUCAUCUGAAGAGUCCAAUUGGAGCGGGUGGCCCAGAUAAACAAACGGUAUCACAAUUCAAGACUCUGCUCAGAAGACGCAGACCUGGCUGCGUAGUUUUUAAGGAUUGUGUUUGUACGUGUGUGUGUGUGUGUGAAGAUGAGGCUGAGCGGCGUGCUAGUGUGUGUGUUCCUGCUUUGGGUUGAAGGGUCCUGGGGUGACACACCAGCCAACUGCACCUAUGAGGAGCUACUGGGGACAUGGGUGUUCCAGUUGUCCAAAGGAGGACACGACAAGAGCAUCAACUGCUCCGCUGAAGCUACAGGUGAGAGCUCUGUGACUGUGACCCUGGAGAAACUGUCUGUGGCCACAGAUGAGCUGGGGAACACCGGCUUCUUCACCAUCAUCUACAACCAGGGCUUUGAAGUGGUUAUCAAUGGGUACAAAUGGUUCGCAUUCUUCAAGUACUCUGAGGAGGGCCCUAAGGUGACCAGCUACUGUGACCAGACCCUGCCAGGGUGGGUCCAUGAUGUCUUGGGAAACAACUGGGCCUGUUUUGUAGGGAAGAGAGUGGAACCAGUACCACCCCGUACAGAUUACAAACCACUUCUCAGCAGCAGGCUGAAUCAGAAGCCGUACAAACACAACCUGGACUUCAUUGAUGCCAUCAACUCAGUUCAGAGUUCCUGGAAGGCUGUGCCUUACCCACAGCAUGAGAUGUACACUGUACAGGAGCUGCACUACAGAGCAGGAGGGCCUGCCUCCCGUAUUCCCAUGCGUGUUCGCCCUUCACCUGUGAGAGCUGAUGUAGCCAAGAUGGUGGCAGCUCUACCCGAGCACUGGGAUUGGAGAAACAUUGAUGGCGUUAACUUUGUCAGCCCUGUGCGAAACCAAGCAUCAUGUGGUAGCUGCUACUCCUUUGCUUCCAUGGGAAUGCUGGAAGCUCGCAUUCGAAUCCUCACCAACAACAGUGAGACACCCACCCUCAGCCCGCAGCAAGUGGUCUCCUGCUCUGAAUAUUCUCAAGGUUGUGAUGGUGGGUUCCCGUACCUGAUUGGGAAGUAUGUGCAGGAUUUCGGCGUUGUGGAUGAGUCGUGCUUUCCAUAUGUUGCGAGGAACACUCCCUGUGGCAUUGCUAAAAACUGCGGCCGCACCUACGCAGCAGAAUACAACUACGUUGGUGGCUUUUAUGGUGGCUGCAGUGAGAUGGCCAUGAUGUUGGAGCUGGUCAAGAAUGGACCCAUGGCAGUGGCCUUUGAGGUCUACCCUGAUUUCAUGCACUACCAAGAGGGCAUCUACCACCACACAGGCCUCGCAGACACCUUCAAUCCCUUCGAGCUGACCAACCACGCCGUGCUGUUGGUGGGGUAUGGACGGUGCCACAUGACCGGACAGAAGUACUGGAUUGUCAAGAACAGCUGGGGCACCAGCUGGGGCGAGGACGGCUUCUUCCGAAUCCGCAGGGGAAGUGAUGAGUGCGCUAUUGAGAGCAUCGCAGUCGCAGCAAACCCUAUCCCCAAACUCUAGAAGGUGUAAACUCAGAAUGGGAUAAAUGGGUGUGCUGAUGAUGUAGGUCUCAAUAGUGGAACUUAGAUUUUAAUCCCUUUUUAGCUUAGCUGUUUUUACAAUUUGAAGCCAAAAUCUCUAACGUCUUCUUCCUCCCUUAUCCAACAAGCAGAAGUCAAGUACUGCAGCGCGUAAAAACUGCACAACAUUAAGAUGAAAAGUUACGGAUUUCAGCUUUAAUGCCAAUAUUCCAUAUGACUAUGAAAUGUAUGAAAGUGAAAUCCAAAAACCAACCAACCAUCCAAAAGUAGCAGGUCUCCUCGGUCAAAUAGUUUGAAUGUGAAAGAUUUAGGAGACAUUUUAUUCUGAUUAAUCUUCUGCCUGUCAAAUGCUUAAAUGUUUUACAGUAGUGGAUCCAAAUGAUUUUAAUGGUGGUUCUAUCUUAACUGAUCAACAGAUGGAAACCUGAAAUGUAGACGUCCCUUUUCGUCAGCCAGUAACAUAGUAAUGAAAAACAAGACCAAGUUCAGAAUUUCUCUGUGUAAGCUCACGGAAGAUGCACUAAAACGAGGCAAAUGUAAUCAUGUUUCGCUUAAAACCAUAAAUAAGGUCACAAACUUUAGGGAUAUUUUUAAAAAGUAUUUACACAUUUUUUUUUUUUUGUUUCUCAUUUUAACAAUUCAUGAAUAGCUGCCUGUGAAUGGUUAAUUCAGGCUGUAACUGCCAACACAAACUUGGAAGCAUAAUGGACUGGUACAUGCUGUGACAAAUCAUGAUGAGCACUAAAUUCUAAUCUUAAGAUUUUAAAGGGAAUUUGCAACUGAGGAAUCAGUGUUUGUGUGUCAGGGGCAGGACUUUUUCUUUGUCUCAGGGAAGUGCAGUGGAGAAUCGUAAUAUCUUCUGUCCUUGCAUCAAAUCGAAACCGUGACUGCCGUGUUUCUCUGUGGAGUAAAUUGUAAAUUGAAAGGACAUUGAAAGGAUUUCUUUCAAUAAAGGGACGUAACUGAUUUUUGUGCCUUUUAUUCUGCCUCCCAUUUACCCAUAUGCUUCACUGUAAGCAUGUUGUUUUACAUUGUAUUGUGAGAUUUGCACUUUUAAAUCUGAUGGAAUAAAAGCAUUUCAGUAAUA